ACCACUGAGGCGCCGGGGACGGCCCCGCUCCCGCUCGCACCGCUAACCCCUGCCCGCUGCUCGCUUUUUGAGGGGACUAACCGUGUGGCCUUAAUAGCAGACUGGGAAGCCGUUUUAUUUCAUAGGAACAUAUUACAACCAGCAAGCUGUACCUGACGGGGUAAUACGAACUCCACGCACCAUAUUGCCAAUACAUGGAGUGGAUAUUGACAUCUGGGACUGAAGAUUUUUUUUUCUUUCCAUUUUUGCUAAGUCCCAGAAAUACGAGAUGUCUCAUUAAUCUCACGGAUAUGUCUAAUUCUGGAUGUGCAGUGAUACCUUUAAGUGCUCAUGUUUGUAUCCAGUUGAACACUGGAUGUACGACAGCGAUUGGUGAUUUUUUUUUUUUGCAGCGCCCAACGUGCAAACCGCAAGCAUCAUUUUAAUGUGACAAGGAAGAGGUAUGCAGCUAUUGCAACAUUUUCGAAAUCAUCUUUCCUGACACUCAGAUAAUUUAAUGUUUCUAAGAAGAGGUUAAACCUUCAUGCCGCUUCUUCAAAUUGAUUUUAAGGGGCUGAUAUAAAUGGAACAGCAGAAAGCUACGGAAGGUCUGCUCCAAGCUGAAUAUGCAAACUGCAAACCAGAAGCAUCCUAGACCCUUGCAAUAUUGUACAUCGUGUGUGCCAGCACUUUUUUGUUAUUACGUAAAGCCUCUUGGAAGCACCUUGGAUAUUUUACAUUCUCCUUUCUCUGCUGGAAGCAAUCAGCACGCAGGAAUCCUGACGUGGGCUCUGGGACUAUAGGACAUUCCAGCUUGCGAUCCAGCACGGUUAAUUGUGAAAAGUGUAUACAUUUCUGCCUUAUCUAUGCUUUGUUAUGGGUCUGACGUGAGCCCACGUUCUCCUCCCCCCUCCCGCAAUAUUACAGACAGAAUUUCAGUUAAAAGUGUUACAGUAUCGCGGUGCAGGAACCCGUGAUAUCCAGGCAGCAAAAUAACCUUAGUCACCGGCUAUAAAAAGCUAAUUAAACAGAAGAGGAAAAUCAAGAGAAACUCGAAAAUGUAAGUAUUCUCUCUCGUUAACAACCGAGCAUUUAACUUUGGAGCCUCUGAAAGGGAAAUACCAGGCUAUUCUGCACAUUUUCGCUAACCUUCAUUUUCCACACAAUGCAGAAUAAAGUACUAGUUGAAAGCGGUUACAUUACCGAAGAAUUUUCCACCGUUACGAUCAUAUUUAUGUCCUUUAAAUUCACGGCAUGACAAAAGAGCAACAUUUGUCCAAAAUAGUCUAAAAAAUAUACAAAAAGAUAUUUUAAAAAAGCAUUAAAAUCCUUCAUCUGAAGCUAGCGAUGAGGAAGUCUGAGAGGUCUGAGUGUAUUUGAGCUCAGAUUGUUUAAUAGAAAGAUUUAUAUACUAACUGUAUUAUUUACUUUGGGAGGGGAGGUGGCAGUAUAAGGGUAUGCUAAUUAGUGGGAGAUUUUUUGGGGGGAAGGGGUGGAAUAUCAAUUUUUAUUGCAUCACCUGUCAGGAGUGUCCAAUCAGCGUUGGCUUUAGGGGAAUUAAUUGAUGAAGGUGUCUCCGGACGAGCUCACUUCACUCUGUCAUUUUAUUUGUAGCUAAAGCAGCGGCGGGAAUAGCAGCUGCAUUUCUUUUCUCUUCCUCCCUUCACAUUCCAUUAUCAUAGUUUCCAAUGGAAAAGCAGGGAAUGAAAGGGAACAGGUACUGAUCUUCAGCAGCAACUUAGAGAAACACUUUGGCAAACCUGAUUUUUAAGAUAUAUAUUGAUUGUAGCUUCAUGGUAUUUUUUUUAAUUUAUUUUUUUAUUUUGUCUAAAGUUUGGCACUCCAUUCACCAGGAAUAACAGCCUUUGUUAUAUUUUAUUAGCAGGAUGCCUUGAGACAAAUACAGCAUCUGGCUGAGGAUUGUGUGUGUGUGGCUUUUUCUUUUUUUUUUUUUCUUUUUUUUUUUCCUCUCUCUCUCUCUCUGCAAAUGCUGGGAAUAAUUUAAUUCACGAAAUGGGAGACCUGAAGUCGGGUUUUGAAGAGGUGGAUGGCGUGAGGCUCGGCUACCUCAUCAUUAAAGGAAAGCAAAUGUUUGCACUCUCCCAGGUUUUUACAGACCUGCUCAAAAACAUCCCGAGAACUACCGUGCACAAGCGAAUGGAUCAUUUAAAAGUAAAAAAGCAUCACUGCGACCUGGAGGAGUUGAGGAAACUCAAAGCCAUCAACUCCAUCGCUUUCCACGCCGCCAAAUGCACCCUGAUCUCCAGAGAGGACGUGGAAGCCCUUUACACAUCCUGCAAAACCGAACGGGUCCUCAAGACAAAACGGAGGAAAAUAAGCCGGGCACUGUCAACAAGCGACCUCCGGCCGGAGCACGCACCCGCCGACCCCUUCUCCGGCUUUUGGAAGGAGAACAAACUUUGGCUGGGUUUGAAUGACUCUCCCCGGGCCCUGCUGCCAAUCAGGAGGAAAGCGUGGCGUCCGGGGGACGCAGCCUUGCUACCGGCCUCUCAUCUACCUCACAUUUUUAGUAAAUACACUUGCCACAGCUACCCAGAAAUCGCCCGGGCGCCUCGCAAACCCCCCGUAAACUAUGAAACGGCGCCGGCGGGGGGAAACUGCGCCUGCUUCGCCGAGAUCAGAGAUGAUAGGGUGCCUGAGAUCACAUUCCCACACUCUGAAUUUGCCAAUAAUGCCAAGAGUACUGACCUAACAAUUAACUGUGUUGCAAAGGGGGCCUCUUCACCUAGCCCAAAGACAAACAAUGCAUUUCCACAACAAAGAAUACUCAGAGAGGCAAGGAAAUGCCUUCAAGCAACUACUACACACUGUGCAGAUAACAAUACAAUAGCUGCUAGGUUCUUAAAUAAUGAUUCUUCAUCAGCGGCAGCAAAUUCAGAAAAAGAUUCCAAAAUCCCUCAUUGUAUUGAAUUUGCCACGGAUUUGCCCUCUUUACAAACUGAUCCUGAGGAGGAUGCUGCUUCUCCAGGGGCAGCAGCAGCAGAGCUCCAGUGCACUGAUACAGGCAAUAAGGCAUUGCCAUUCCUGCACAGCAUUAAAAUCAAAAUAGAGGACAGCAGUGCGAACGCCGAGUAUGAGCCCGACCUUACAACACAUAAGCUAAAGUGUGAGUGCAAUGAUACUAAGGAUGAGUUUUACGGUGUGACUGAGAGUAAUAACCAGGACGCUUUACUAACAGCCAAGGAAGAUUCUGCAUGCACUGAGAAAGAAACCACUUCCUUAAACCUGCUGACUCAGAGUCAGGCCCUCUCAUGCACUUUAGGUACUCCAAAACCUGAGGAUGGGGAGUAUAAAUUUGGAGCAAGGGUGAGAAAAAAUUACAGGACAUUGGUUUUGGGAAAGCGACCUGUACUGCAGACUCCUCCAGUCAAACCAAAUUUGAAAUCAGCUCGAAGCCCACGUCCUACAGGUAAAAUUGAGACACAUGAAGGAACACUGGAUGAUUUUACAGUUAACAAUAGACGCAAAAGGGUAGCCAGCAAUGUAGCAUCAGCAGUGAAAAGGCCAUUUAAUUUCAUGGCAAAUUUUCCCUGUCCACCAUCACUAAUUAUUGGCAAUGAUGGGGAUUUGUUGCCAGCUUAUUCCUUAAACACCACUAAGGAUUCCCAACCACCUCACAAGGCCCAUCCUGUAUGGAAAUGGCAGCUGGGCGGUUCUGCAAUACCUCUUCCACCUAGCCACAAAUUCAGGAAAUUUAAUUAAUAAAAUAGUUUGGAAAAUAUUUUCUUGAACCACCUUUAACUUUCUUAUGUUUUAAACUCUACAGGAUGGUUUGUACAAGCCCAUUAAUGCUAUACACACUUUUGGAAUCCUGUUUUAUCACAUUGUGAAGACAGAAACCGGAUUACUAUUUUCUUUACCAUUACAACAGUGGCUUUUUGUUUUGUUUUGGGUUUUUUGUUUUGUUUCUUUUUUGGUUUUUUGGGUUACAUUCCACAGAGUACUUCAGGCUAAAGACUCAAGUUAAACUCAGUUAUUAUGGUAGAGCUGGAACACUUUACUGUUUAAAUGCUAAUAAUGCACCAGUACCUCAAUUCAACUGCUGCAAAUAAAUGUCAAAAGGUUGAAUAAUAAAUAUUAGAAUGAGCCAUUAAAUUUAUGCACUAGAUUUCGAAAAUGGAAGUCUAACUGUUAAUUCAGUUAAAGUUUGUUAAGUUACAUGGUUGCACAGUAAGGGUUCACUAUAACUCAAUGUGGCAGCAGUCUACUUUUCGGGAGCUUUGUUUUCGGGUGUAGGGGUCUUUUUCUAAGAGCAGUUGCACUUACUCAUUUUUCUACGGUUUGGAAAGGCUGGGGUUCGCCUGCAACCCCAGCCCUGGGAAAAGCUGCCUCAUCUGAAACCAGUAAAUAAAUGUGGAAUUCUAUUUUUGGUAAAGGGUGUCUUUUUACUUGUACAGCCACUCUUUGCAAUUGGAAAGCCUUUUUGUUUCACCCAGAGGUCUUAAAUAAGGUUACUGUUACCCACUAAUGUCAUACUUAAGUUGUGGUCUGAACAUGCCCCUUACAAACUUGCAAAGCAACUAAAAUAUUUGCCCGGAUAGCAGUACAAUUUAUGGUCCAGCCCCUCACGCUGGCUGGAGGAAAUAGCAAAGCAGUAAAUACAACACAGAAAGUGAAACGAGAGGCCAUAAGUGGAAAGAAUACACAAAAUGAGAAUACCAUGUUAUUCAUAGCUUUUUGGCACCAAAACUCAGGCAUUUCAAUCGUAGUACAUUUCUCAGUUUUAUCCUCAUCUCUUGAAAUGUUGUUUUGUUUUUCCAUACCAUCCUCUCUAUGUAGCAGAAACAUUUCUACUGCACGUGACAAUCAGAGGCAAUUAUCUAUAUUUGCACUUAAUAGCGAAAUAGUCGAACGGGCAGACUUCUAGAGUCUAGCCCUCGGUAAGACACGCUGGUAUAAUAUAUUGUGAUGAUGGAAGCAGUAAAUCAAAAUUAUGGAAAUUUGCACUGUUGAAAAGCAUGCUUUAGCUUUAUUUUCAAUUAAAAACACUGUUUAAAAAA